AUGGAUCCCAUGGAGAGCAUGUCAGUUUCCGGGGGCCGCGUACCGGCCAACUUCAACGCGGAGGAUGCCGGAAAUAUGGAGGAUGUGCGUCAACGCAACACACCCCAGCUGUUAACCAACCAUAUGGAGAAGCAAUUUGCCGUCAAAGUUGUCCAGCACAUGCAAACCUAUUGGUCUAUCCUAGAGAAGGUCAAGGGCUCGACUCUGCGAUUAACAAAGAUGGACGAUGAAAUCUAUGACCACCUCAAAGAAGCAUUCCCCGAAUUCGACCCUGCCGCAACCGUCGACGAGGAUGAGAUGAAAAGCAAAGAGGGCAAGGAACGCUGGAGGAACUUCAUGAUGGCAUACGAAAAAAAGGUCGACGAUUACAAUUUUGGAACCAUGGUGCGCAAUAACGCCAAGGCAGAAUAUGAGGAAAACACUACAAUCUUUGGUGAGAAUGCACCAAUCAUGCUCGAUGAAUUGAAGACAAAGCAGGGCGUUGGCUGA